GUUUGCAAGGGGGAAAGACAGAGUUAAAAGGGGCCAGCUCAGAACUGAUGAGUGAUGGUCAUAGCUAGCUUAAAUCCCCCCUCCCCACCCUAGAAGGAGGGCUCUGGGAAACCAAUGUUGGAAUUGAGAGGCCAAAGUCUAACUGAUCUGCUGCAAGAGAUUUAAUCAAUGAGAUCCUCACAGGGGUGUCUCAGUUUAAAGUAUUCUGCUUGGGAGGGGGUCUGACAAGAGCUAGCCAGGGGAGUAGAGGGCAGUGCACUGGCCAGGCCAUGCCACAAGGGGUAUCCGGAGGAGUGGUUGUCUGUCACAGGUAGCAAUGUUUCCCAUUAGCCUGGCAGCCCACAGCCCCCCAGGCUCGAGGAGAGCAGCUGGCCCUGUUGUGGCAGCCAGUGCCUCGCUCACCCCCCUCCGCCCGCACUGAGGACCCCACGCGGUGACCAUGUGGACAUGCAGAACCUGCAGGCUGUGAACGAGAGUGGGACUCUUGUAUGAGAUCUUCAUGCAGGACGUCUCCGGAACCCAGAGGAGUCGGAAGAGUGCUGGAUGCUGAAUCAGGUCUGUCCCUGAAGCCCAGUGAGACGUGAGAGGCUCAUCUCCAGAGGGAGCAGGACCAAAGGGGGAACUAGCAAGAAGGCUCCUCAGUGUCACCCGUGAAGUGAUGCUGUAGGAAACCCCUGGACCAUGAAGGGGUUAGGAGAUAACAGAAGCCGCCACCUCUCCGAUAACCUGGACUCCCCUCAAGACUCUCUUUAUGCCGCCCAAGACAGGAACCCUUACCUCCUCAGUCCCACUGACUCCUACCCCGUGGACCCCCGGUUUCCAGCCCAGAAUUCCCUCCAUAGUGACUGUCUCCUCCCACUCAACAACCAGAUUUCCAACAGCAGCACUUUCCCCCGUAUCCAUUACAACUCCCACUUCGAGGUCCCGGACGAGAACCCCUUCCCAAGCCAUGCCCAAGCCACUAAGAUCAACCGCCUCCCCGCAAACCUCUUGGACCAAUUUGAGAAGCAGCUGCCCAUCCACCGGGACGGCUUCAGCACCCUCCAGUUCCAGAGGAGCGACGCCAAGCACCGGAGCGAGAGCCCCGGGCGCAUCCGACACCUGGUGCACUCCGUCCAGAAGCUCUUUGCCAAGUCGCAGUCUCUGGAGGGCCCCACCAAGGGCAGCGUGAAUGGCAAGAAGGGCACAGAGGACCCGAAGCAGAACCGGAGGAGCAAGAGCAAAGACCGGGCAAAGACCACUGAGACCAAACGCAGGCCCAGGUCCAACAUAUCAGGCUGGUGGAGCUCGGACGACAACUUAGACAGCGACACCUGCAGCUAUCGCAAUCCAAUGGGCCUCAUGACCCUAGGCAGGCAACCUGACCACAGCCAGCCUAGGUACUUCAUGCACGCAUAUAACACCAUCAGUGAGCACAUGCUGAAAUCCUCCAAGAGCAAUAACGACCUCAAGGUCACCCCCUGCGCCAAUAUCCCCAUCAGCAACGAGUCCAACUACAUCAAACGGGGCUCCUGGUCCACGCUCACCCUUAGCCAUGCCCGGGAAGUGUGCCAAAAGGCCUCUGCCACCAUCGACAAAGCCCUGCUGAAAUCCAAGUCCUGCCAGCAAGACUUAGCCUAUCAUUACUUGCAGGUGCCUCAGGGAGAGUGGAACAAUACGCUGUCUCGGGACAAAGAUAACGAGAUCCCGUGCCGGCGCAUGCGGAGCGGAAGCUACAUCAAAGCCAUGGGGGAUGACGACAGCGAAGAUUCAGAAACCAGCCCCAAACCGUCCCCGAAAACUGCGGCUCGGAGGCAGAGUUACCUCAAGGCCACCCAACAGUCUCUGAGUGAGCAGAGCACCGCACCCAGGAGCCUGGACCGCCUGGACUCCGUCGAGAUCCUCUUACCUCCAAAGUUCCCAAGCUGGGAGGAAGAAUAUAACCAGCUCACUGACAACAUCGAUGAGUCCAACUGCAUCAGCCAGAUAUUUGGACAGUCCUCAUUUAUCCCACAGAUAUUUACACACGGAGAGCAGACAAGGGAGGCAGAGCUGAGCGACCAGUACGAGACAGUGUGUGAAUCAGCCUACAGUGAAGCCGAAUCAGCUGCUGUGGAGGUGCUGGACCUGCCUCUGCCCAGCUACUUCCGCUCCCGGAGCCACAGCUACCUCCGAGCCAUCCAGGCAGGCUGCUCCCAGGAAGAAGACACGGCCUCCAUCCGAUCCAUCUCGCCACCUCCCGCCAGCAGCAUCAGCGGCAGCAGGACGCUCCCCAGCAACAGCAGUAAGUGCCACGGGCUGUGCGUGGUGGAGGGGCCUUGGCACUGGAACUUGGGAUUGGGGAAGCAGGCUCUGAAUGAGACGGGAGCUGCAGGGCCAAGAACAGCUAGUGUCUGA